AACAGGCUAGCUUUUGCAUUUCUUAGCCAAACCUAAUAAUUUCUGCGAGCGAAGGGUGCGAAAGUGGAAGGACACCGAGGUUUUAUUUUUGCAGGAUACAACGUCUGCAGCUCCAUCCCACCGGAGAUCGUGACUGCCGUUCCAUCGGUUCGAACGCUGGGUUCUUCCAUCAAAAAAGCCUUCCAUGUCAAUUGCUUGGCUCACUGAUACCAUCGCAGCCCUUCACUAUUCCAUCUUCGAAGAUCGCGAUUGCAGCUCCAUCUCGUUGGAGUUCGAAACCAUAGCUCCAUUUCGUUGAGGAUCUUGAUUAAAGCUUCAUAUUGCCGAACCCCGUUGUCUUCCAGUGCGAAACCCUCCAGGUGUGAACAAGGAAGAUGGGAUCAUCUACAUUGCUGAAAUGGGCAUCAAAGCCAUGCAUCAUGGGCAUCGACGAAGCUGGAAGAGGCCCUGUUCUAGGUCCAAUGGUUUAUGGAUGUUUGUAUUGCCCACUCUCUUACCAGAAUACUUUGGUGACCCUCAAAUUCGCAGAUUCUAAAACUUUGAAAGAGGAAAAAAGGGAAGAACUGUUUGAGAACUUAAAAGCUGAUACCUCUAUUGGAUGGGAAGUUGAUGUCAUAAGCCCUAGGGAAUUGUCAGCUAAGAUGCUAAAAAAGGAGAAGAUUAAUUUGAAUGAAAUAUCACACAACUCAGCUAUUGGCCUUGUCAGAAGGGUUCUUGGCAUGGGAGUUCUAUUGAGUGAAGUUUUUGUAGAUACUGUUGGAGAUACGGAAAAGUAUAGCACCAAGUUGUCUGAAUUAUUCCCAGGUGUAAAAUUUCUUGUGGCGAAGAGAGCUGAUAGUCUCUAUCCAGUGGUUAGCGGAGCGAGCAUAGUCGCAAAGGAGCUUUUGUGUAGAGAACAAACUUCUGUUGAGUUGCAUAGUCAUACUCAUAAACUUUAGGAGGACUAGCAGUGAGUGGACGAGUGAGCGAGGAGGGCCUAUGAUGAGUAUAUACAACUUCGAGAGAGUCAGGCUUAUGGUGAGGGAUCCUUUGGAGCUUCAAUAGAUUAUUCUGACUAUCCCAUUUGGUCGCAGACGGUAGGUGUAAUGCAGAAGAGACGAAUUUAUGGAUUAAGCUCACAGGCCUACAUGUAUGAGGGACAGUCUUUUGGUGUAUCUAGCUUCUCUGCAAGCAGCUAAAGAGAGUUAG